UUAGGGUAUAGGUUUUGUGUUUAGGAUUUACGGUUUGGGUUUAGGAUUUACCGUUUAGACUUAUGGUUAAGGUUUUGGGUUUAUGGUAUAUAAUUUGGGUUUAAAAUUUACGGUUUGGGCUUAGGGUCUACUACUUGAGUUUAGGGUAUUGAGUUUAGGUUUAUAGUCUAGUUUUCGGGUUUAGGGUAUAUAAUUUGGGUUUAGGAUCUAGGAUUAGAGUUUAGGGUAUAGGGUUUGGGUUUAGGGGUUGGAUUUGGGUUUAGAAUUUAGGGUAUAGGGUUUAGAAUUUAUGAUUUAGGGUUUAGGGUUUAUCUAGAAGCGUUAGCGUAGUUAAAAUUAGCGUUUUUAUUUUUUGUAGUUAUUUUUUAUUUAAUUUAAUGUUUUUUAAUUAAUAAUCUAUGUGUCAAUUUGAUUGAUUUUAAAGGGUGGAGUGAAUUUAUCAUAAGUUAUGUCGUUAUUAUUAUGGUUUAAGACGCAGCCAUGUGGUGAAGACAUAGCAAACUAUUCUUUCUCUUUUUACAAAAAGAAUAUUGUGUGUUAUCCACACUUCUUAACAUUUUUAGCCAAAAAAGGUUAAAAACGAAUACUAUUGAAUGAAAUAAGAAAUAUCCAAGAUAAAAUCUGAAAAUAUCAUUCUCGCAACAGUUUUUCAAAUCAUAAAGUAAGAUUCUUACACAUCUAAUAAGAAGUAAUUUAUAAUCUAACUAAAAGGUAUUCAGAAAGCAUUUCUAAUCAAAUUAUAAACGGAGUGUUCCAAAACAAAAAGAAAAAAAAUCAAAUUAUAAACGGUAUUUUUUAUACAAUUUUAUGUCUAAAUUAUUGAUGCCUUCGGGUAUUGAGAGAAAAUCAAGUUAGUUGCAUAACAGAAAAGAUCCUUAUUUUUCUGUGUUUAUUCACCUUCUUUUCUCUUUUUUCUCACAUUAUCUCUUUGUACAUUCUAGUUGUUUUCUUCUGCAUUCACUUUUGUAUGCUUAACCUUUUCCCUUUGGUUCGGUACUUAAACCCUAAUUAAGUUUAUCUAUUUAUUUAUUUAUUUUAAGUCGUUUCUCUUCACUCUAAGAACACAUGGACGACGAGAGCCAAACAGGUAACUUGAGGAGAAGAGCUCGACAGGUCAACGGGGAAGACGUCGACCGGCCAACGAAUAGACGUCGUCAAAAUGAACUUCAAACCGACGGCGUACAAGCUGGUGAUCACGUCGAACCCCUUCCCCUUGAACUAAGCUUGGGCUCAACAUCACACUCCUCUCAGAUCCCGCCUAUGACCACGUCGUCGCUUCCUCUAGCACCACCAUCACCUUUUGCUCUUCCUCUGACGGCGUCGUCGCUUCCUCUAGCACCAGCAUCGCCUUUUGCUCCGCCUAUGACGACGUGGCAGACACCUGGUUCUAUAGCGCAGUACUUUGCUUCGUCACAGUCUCAUUAUAUGACGUAUCCGCCCUAUUUGAGCAAUUCUAUCUACCAGAUAAGACCGUCAACACCGAUGCAGCCACCGUUCGGACAGUCGUUUAACGUCUUCCCAUCGUCAUCUUUCACCUCUCCGACAAGACCAGUCAUGAGACCAGCAGCUUCCGGGGCUGUGUCACGUCGUAGCUACAGAUCGCAGUCCAGCGUUAACCGUAAAGACGAUACGAUCCCGCCGCCGUUUCCAUGGGCGACGAAUAAACGAGGGUGGAUACAAAGCUUAGAGAAUCUCGCGUCGAAACAGAUCACCACCAUCACCGGAGAGGUGCAAUGCAAACACUGCGAGAAAGUGUAUCAGGUGAGUUACAACCUGAGGGAGAAGUUCUCGGAGGUUGAGAAUAUUUUCGUAAUGGGCAAAUGGAUUAUGAGAGAACGUGCUCCUGCGAUAUGGACAAAUCCAGAACCGGCGAGAUGCGAUCUCUGUGGCCGUGACAAGGCGGUGAAGCCGGUGAUAGCUGAACGGAAGUGUCAGAUUAAUUGGUUGUUUUUGCUUUUGGGACAAACGUUAGGUUUUUGUACGUUGGAGCAGCUCAAGAAUUUUUGUAAGCAUUCAAAGAGUCACCGGACCGGAGCUAAGAACCGUGUGCUUUAUUUGACGUACCUUGGUCUUUGCAAGAUGCUCGAGCCUAACCGUGAGCUCUUUCAACGUGAAACCGCUAGGCGGUGAGUAAGAUCGUUUGAAGAUCUUAUCAAACAAAAAAAGAUCGUUUGAAGAUAUUUGCUAGGGGUUUUAGAUGAUUUGGAUGGUUGCAUUUAGGUGGGUUUUAUUUGAAUAAUUGGGGUGAAAAAAAUGCAUAUGUUCUUCUAAUCCCUUUUGUCGUUUCUUGGUGGUGUGUUUAUUUGGACUUUGACUUAAUAUCUUAUUAAUAUAUAAAGUCUAAAAUUGCAUGGAUUACGUUUGAAAUUUUGACUUAUCUCAAAAUUUUAA